GUGUGUGUGUAUAGGCUCCAAGACAUUCUUAAUUUGCUUUAUGUAACAAAGACGUUUUGGAUACAAGAGACUAAGCAAGAGUGUUAAAAGACAUGGAAGUCAUGCAAGUACUUCACAUGAACAAAGGAAAUGGUGAAACUAGUUAUGCCCAAAACUCCAAAGUUCAGGGCAAGAUACUAUCAAUUGCAAAGCCAGUGAUGGAGGAAGCGCUAGUAGAGAUGUUGAGCACAAAUUACAUACCGGAAAGCAUGGGAAUUGCAGACCUGGGUUGCUCCUCUGGACCCAAUACCUUGUUAGUUAUCUCCGAAAUACUAGACAUUGUUUGUGCCAAAUGCCGGAAUCUUGGCCGGCCGGCCCCGGAAUUCAGGGUGUCCUUGAACGAUCUUCCUACCAAUGACUUCAACUCUAUUUUUGCAUCACUACCAGCAUUUUACAACAAACUGAACCUCGACAAGGGUUCCGGGUUUGGACCGUGCUUUGUAUCCGGUAUUGCAGGUUCUUUCUAUGGUAGAUUGUUCCCUUCCAAGAGCCUUCACUUUUUGCACUCCUCUUCCAGUCUCCACUGGCUCUCCCAGGUGCCAGCGGGAUUAAUGACUAGUGAAGGUGCUAAGAACAAAGGAAAGAUGUACAUAUCAAAGAGCAGUCCACAGUGUGUGCUGGAUGAGUACUCUUCACAAUUCCAGAAAGACUUCUCACUGUUUUUAAGAUCACGUGCAGAGGAAACAGUACAAGGAGGUCGCAUGGCUUUAUCUUUCAUGGGCAGGAGAACCAUUGAUCCAACUACAGAAGAGAGUUGCCAUCAUUGGGAACUCCUGUCACGUGCACUAAUGUCCAUGGUUUCAGAGGGUCUAGUGGAAGAAGAAAAGUUAGAUUCCUUCAACACCCCAUACUAUGCUCCUUGUCCUGAAGAGUUGGAAUUGGAAAUACAACGAGAAGGUUCAUUCUUUGUUGACCGUCUUGAAGCCUUUGAAGUUGAUUGGGAUGGAGGAGUAGUCGACAAUGAUAUUGGAGGAGGAGGAGAUGAGACCACAUUUUGUACAAUAACAAUGGGAGAUCGAGUCGCCAAGACCAUCAGAGCAGUUGUGGAGUCGAUGCUCGAAGCACAUUUUGGAGGUGAGAUUAUGGACGAUCUGUUUAGGAGGUUUGCGGUGUUGGUUGACGAUCACUUUUCAAAGGCCUCAACCAAGUACAUCAAUUUGGCCAUUUCCCUAAUUAAGAAGCCCAACGAUAUGAUCACCCAUUGUAAUAUAUAAUAUAUAUAUGUGUGGUAAGCAAUCUAGCUACUUCUACAGGUACAACGACCUUCCAGCUCAAGUUAAAGGUAUGAUACACAUUGACUCGAUAGGGGUCCCUGCCAUGAGACAGAUUAACUGCUAAUGUUCUAUCUUUGGGCUAUUGUCUGCCCUUUUGGUUUGCUAUUGUUAUGGUUUGUUCUUUUCCUUCUUGGUGCUUGUUUUCUUGUUCUUUUUGUCCAUGGAUUAGGUUUAGUCCCCCUAUUGUGAGCCAACGGAGAAGGGCUAUUUUUCUCCUCCUUAUGAAAUAAAAUUUCUGGUUUCU